GCACAGUUAGCGGGAUGAUGGUGGAUAGGAAGCGGUCGCAUUAGCUUUCGCUGAAUCGAUGCUGCGGAAAGAAAUAAGUGACUCCCAUCCAUCCACACUUGCACUACCGCACGAUUAAAGAUGUCAUCCGGGCCGGGUGUCCUGUGCAAGGUGUGCGGAGACCGGGCCUCCGGCAAACACUACGGUGUCCCAUCGUGUGACGGUUGCCGUGGAUUCUUCAAACGCAGCAUUCGAAGAAAUCUGGAGUACGUGUGCAAGGAGGGUGGCAAGUGUGUGGUGGACGUGUCGCGCCGCAACCAGUGCCAGGCAUGUCGCUUCGCCAAGUGCCUACAGGCGAACAUGCGCCGAGAAGCCGUCCAGCAUGAACGUGCUCCCCGGAACUGUACUCCCCUGGCAGCGGUCAGUGCGCUAUCGGUGGCGGCGGCGGCGGCUCACAGCGACUACUACACCUCCCGGGCGUCCUUUACCCUUCCGCAGACAAACCUUUUCUUUCCCCUGCCGUUACACAUCACCGCUUCGUCCACAUCCGGCUUUGGACAUAUCGGCGAGACAGGCCGGUUCCUUUCACCGUACGCCCAGUCUGCGGCCGUUCUGGCGGCUGCCGCAAGCUCUUCCAGCACGGCGACGGUCUAUGAUCAUUUUCCACCUGUCUCAGCACCACCGCCACUGCCAGCACCGCUGCCUGCACCACCAUCAUCAUCGACGACAUUUACUCCCAUCAGCAUACCACCACCACCACCACAGUCGACAGCGAUAGCACCAUCGGGCGUCAGCAUUCCGGUUCCGCUGCAACCUUCCACCGGGAUCCACAAGCAACACUCCGACGGUAAACCAACGGUUGCCUCUACCUCGACGGAAUCCAUGUUCAACAGCAUCACCGGGGAGCAGGUGCUGGUACUCCCAUCAGCCCCUCCGAUGCACUCCAUCAGCUCAAUCCUAGCGCUCGGUGGAUCGUCCGCGAAGGAGAACGAAGUGAGUAGCACCGGAGAGGGGGAGAGCCCACCGAGAAGCACUCCAGCGUCCGUCCCAGGUGGCUUCUGGCCGGGAGCGUUCGGUGUAUGCAAAAGUGAAACCGACAUGUUGCUGGAAUCGGCUGCCAAGCUCCUGUUUCUUGCGGUGAAAUGGGCCAAAACGGUGCCCUCGUUCCUUCAGCUACCGGCCAGCGAUCAAAAGGUGCUGCUAGAGGAAGCCUGGGCCGAACUGUUCGUCAUUACGGCCGCCCAGUGGGGUCUACCGAUCGAUAAUGAAUUCAUCGCUCGCAAUCCACUGGCGAUACGGUUGCAAGGUGCAAUCCAACAGUUUGCCGUCGCACGGGUUGAUUACCGGGAGGCGGCUUGUCUGAAAGCGCUCGUCCUGUUCCGACCCGAUCACCCACGGUUGUAUGCCGCACACGAGGUGCUGCUGCUACAGGAUCAAACCGUUGCCCUGCUCCACGAGAAGUGUGGUGGUGUCCGGUUGGGACAUCUAUUGCUCCUACUGCCGGCCAUUAAAGCAGCGGCCAAUGCGAAGGUCCUGCAGGAGAUGCUGUUUCGCAAAACCGUCGGCGAAGUGGCCAUCGAACGGUUACUGGUGGAUCUGAUGAAAACGUAAUUUGUUUCCCGUGUAGAUUGAUGGCUGAUACCUGACCGCUCUAGUCAAUGUAUUUAAUUCUUCAAAGUAGAACUAGUCCGUAGUGUGGUGUGCAAGGGCGCUUGAGUAGAAACGAA